GAUCCCAAUGAAGAUACUGAAUGGAAUGACAUCCUUCGCCAGAAGGGCAUCCUUCCCCCAAAAGAGGAGGAAAUUACAGAAAAUGAGAUUAUCGAAAUGAUGGAAGAUAAAAUUCAUAAGGCAAAUGCAGGUAAAUCAUAUGAAGAGAUGACUCUUGAUGAAUUAGAUGAAUUAGAAGAUGAUGAAGACGAAAGGGUUUUACUACAGUAUAGGCAACAACGAAUAGCUGAGAUCAAGAAAUUACAACAAAAAGAAAUUUAUGGAAGUGUAAAAGAAAUAUCUGGCAUUGAUUAUGUAAAGGAAGUAAACGAGGCAGGAGAUGGUGUUUGGGUUGUACUACAUCUCUAUAAACAAGGCAUACCUCUCUGUACCCUAAUCAACCAACAUUUUGCUCAACUGUCACGCAAGUUUCCAGCAACAAAGUUCUUAAAGGCUGUGUCAACGACUUGUAUCCCAAACUUUCCCGAUAAGAACCUUCCAACUAUAUUUGUAUAUUUUGAGAAUGACAUGAAAUCACAGUUGAUAGGACCUCAUACGUUCGGGGGAAUGAAUCUCACUGUUGAAGAUUUGGAAUGGAAAUUGUCAGAAAUAGGUGCUGUGAAGACGGAUAUGGAGGAAAAGCCAAAACCGAAACAAAGGACUACUUUAACAAUUUCAUCAGGAAGAGAAAAUAAUGAUGACAGCUCAGAUGAUGACUACUAGCGCCCUCUAUCAACAAAGUUUUAUAUUGCUAAAAAUUGCCACCUAUCAGUAGAUUUAAAUCGUAAUAUCAUUGACACAAUAAUUUGUAAUAAUAAUAAUAAUAAUAUUAAUUCUUUAUUUAUCCUCAUUCAACUUGGAAAUUUGGGCUCUUGGGGAAUCUUGUACACCCUCUGUGCAGAGCCACCGGACUUAACUACAACGUGUAAUUGAUACAAACAUGGCCUUUAACCCACCUAACUUUUUUGUGAGGGUUUAUUCCAGGGGCUGAGUAUAUGAUAGACGAGCAUUCAAUCAAAUCUCGACUUUCAAGCCAGGUCUUGAAUCUGGGUCCACAACAGUAAGAGGUAGGAAGCUUACCACGUGGUCUAAUGCUUAGCAGCAGUGGCUUAUCUAGGAAUCUUGAAAUAGUGGGUGGGGGAGGGGUUGGUGGUUGAUGCUGGAGCGAAGGUGAUGUGAGAAGAUUGGUGAUUAAGUGAGGGGGCACUAUGUCGCAAAAUCUAUAUAAACCUGAUUUUUUUAAACUUUUUUCAUCUGCUUAAGCAUAACUUUUUUUGCUUUGAACAUUUUCAAUGGAUGGGUGAUAUGGGGAGGGGGAGGGGGAAGGGGGUGCAAGCUUUUUAAGGGGUUCCCUGAGGCAUCCACCUAGAUACGCCACUGCUUAUCAGUGAAGGAACCCCCUUUUAACAAUACAGUUGGAGACACAGUUGGGGGGAUUUUAGAAAGUUUGCUUGGCAUUUUUUAGCUUGGGUUUAGGCCAAAAUUUGGAUUUAUCAUGAAUACUGUGAAAUAUAGGUAAUAACUUGAAAAUACACGACUUGACCAGAUUUUAAUAAGAAAUGUUUUACUCUUCCAAAUUGAAAUGUUUUUGUAUUUCAAAUAAAUUAAACGAAAUUUCCUA